AUGGUGGGCAAAAAGGAAGUUGCGCCCCCCAAGCCCAAAGCUGCCCCGCGCGGGGCGACAAAGGCGAAGGGUGCGCCUGGCGCACCCGAAGUCCAAAAGGUCGACGGCGGCGAUUCUAUGGAGAUUGAUUCUGAGGGCGCCAAUCCUCAAGCGAGUGCUGGAAGUAGCGCGGCAGAUCUCAAUCCUGGGGCUUCUACGUCAGCAGAUCAAACGCGAAAGCGACGAGCGCCACUCACCCACGCAAAAGACGAGUUUGCCGCCCUUCUCGAACCUUUCUACUAUGGCAAGAGUCUGACCGACCCGAUCAACACCGCGCGCGACAAAUGGAAUCUACUGCCAGCCUUCUUGAAGACUAAGGGUCUCGUGAAACAGCACGUUGACUCUUACAACCACUUUGUCGAUGUCGACUUGAAGAAGAUUAUCAAAGCCAACCGUUUCGUCCGUAGCGACUUCGACCCUAAAUUUCUCCUCGAAUACACGGACAUCCGCGUACUAUCGCCGAACCGACAGGAAGAAGAUGACCUCGAGCAUCAUCGCAGUACCAUUACACCCAACGAGUGCCGGUUACGUGACAUGACAUAUGCUGCGCCGAUAGUAGUGGAUAUCAUAUACACUAGGGGAAACGCCAAGGUCAAGCGGACGGGAAUCAAGAUUGGUAGGAUGCCUAUCAUGCUGAAGAGUAACAAAUGUGUACUUGCUGGAAAGAACGAUCGCGAAAUGGCUGUCAUGGAGGAGUGUCCGCUAGAUCCAGGAGGCUAUUUUAUCACACGUGGACAAGAGAAGGUUAUCCUUGUUCAGGAGCAGCUGAACAAGAAUCGAGUCAUUGUCGAAAGCGCAAAAGGAAUUAUGCAAGCCAGCGUUACGAGUUCCACCCACGAGAGGCGGACGAAGACGUAUGUUAUCCAAAAGAAAGGACUCAUGUACCUUCGACACAACACUCUUUCUGAAGAGAUUCCAAUCGUGUUUGUCAUGAAGGCACUAGGAGUUCAUUCCGAUAAAGAAAUUCUCCUUAUGAUUGCCGGAGAAGAUAGUGCAUACCAGGACAAUUUUGCCAUCAAUUUCGAGGCGUGCGCGAGGGAGCAGAUUCAUACACAAGAAAGAGCGCUGGAAUACAUUGGCCACCGCGUACGACUAGUCAAGAAGCCGCUUGGUACCUCGCGCAACAGGAACUACCACCUUGAGGCAAUUGAAUGUCUAUCAAACGUUGUCCUUCCCCACGUCCCGGUCGAGGGCACGAAUUACCGACCCAAGGCACUAUACGUAGCUCUCAUGGCUCGGAGAGUUCUGAUGGCGAUGCAAGACCCGAAGCUAGUAGACGAUCGUGACUAUGUUGGCAACAAACGUCUUGAGCUGUCUGGGCAGAUGUUGUCCCUCUUGUUUGAAGAUCACUUCAAGCGCUUUAACCACGAUUUCAAGCUCAGCAUCGACAAGGUUCUCAAGAAGCAAGUAAGGGCGCAGGAGUUUGAUGCCUUUUCCCACUUCAGCGUUCACAAGAACCACAUUACCAUGGGUGUCGAGCGCGCAAUUGCUACCGGAAAUUGGAGUUUGAAGCGAUUCAAGAUGGAGCGGGCCGGAGUCACGCACGUCUUGAGCAGACUCAGUUACAUUGCAGCACUGGGUAUGAUGACGAGAAUCAGUUCGCAGUUUGAGAAAACUCGUAAGGUCUCUGGUCCUCGUGCACUUCAGCCCUCGCAAUUUGGUAUGCUUUGUACUUCUGAUACACCAGAAGGAGAGGCUUGUGGUCUAGUCAAGAACCUGGCACUCAUGACGCACAUUACGACCGAAGAUGAUGAUGACCCAGUUCGCAAGAUUGUGUUCAUGUUGGGUGCUGAGGACAUUUGUUCACAAACAGGAGAAGAGAUCCAUGCUGAGGGUGUUUAUAGUGUCUGUCUCAAUGGUACGCCCAUUGCUGUCACAGACACUCCAAAGCGAUUCCUCAACAGCUUCCGGAAACUCCGACGAAUGGGACGUAUUUCCGAGUUCACUAGCAUCCAUAUCGACCAUGACCACUGCGAAGUCCACAUCGCUACUGACGAAGGGCGAAUUUGUAGGCCAAUGAUUAUUGUUGAAAAUCAACACUCAAAAGUUACUUCGCGGUACUUGAAAGCGCUUCGCAAGGGUACCAUGGAGUUUGAGGAUUUCCUGACAAGAGGUCUCGUGGAGUAUCUUGACACCAACGAAGAGAACGAUACCAACAUUGCUCUCAAGGAGAGUGAGAUCAAUCAACACACGACACAUCUGGAGAUUGAGCCGUUCACAAUUUUGGGCGCUGUCGCUGGUCUCAUUCCUUAUCCUCAUCACAACCAGUCGCCUCGUAACACCUAUCAAUGUGCUAUGGGUAAGCAAGCAAUUGGCGCCAUAGCAUACAACCAGUUCAACAGGAUAGACACACUGCUAUACCUGAUGGUCUACCCGCAACAACCCAUGGUCAAGACGCGAACCAUUGAACUCACAAAGUACGACAAGCUUCCGGCAGGUCAGAAUGCAACCGUCGCCGUCAUGUCAUACUCGGGUUACGAUAUCGAAGAUGCUCUCAUUCUCAAUAAGGCGUCAUGCGAUCGAGGAUUUGGUCGUUGUCAAGUAUUUAAGAAGCACGUCACGCCUCUUAAAACGUACGCCAACAACACUUCAGAUCGCAUCAACGCCGGCGCCCUUGAUGUCGCAAAUCCCAACCACCAGGCGAUUGGUCAAGAUGGUAUUGCUCAAGUCGGCGCUCGCCUCGAGGCCGGCGAUGCCUUCCUGUUGAAAUCGAUACCUCAAGAUACCGCGGGUCCAGCGUUGAAUUUGUACAAAGACAAGCCAGAAAGGUACAAGUUGCCCGACUGCAGCUACAUCGACAAAGCCUGCAUCACAGAAAACGAAUCAGGUACAACGCUGAUCAAACUACUCCUGCGCCAAACCCGUCGCCCAGAACUCGGCGACAAAUUCUCAUCUCGCCACGGUCAAAAAGGUACUACGGGUCUAAUUGUCCAGCAAGAAGACAUGCCCUUCAACGACCAAGGCAUCUGCCCCGACAUCAUCAUGAACCCGCACGGUUUCCCCUCGCGUAUGACAGUCGGCAAAAUGAUGGAACUCCUCUCCGGCAAAGCUGGCGUCCUCAACGGCACCCUCGAAUACGGCACUGCCUUUGGCGGCUCCACCGUCGAAGACAUGUCGCAGAUUCUCGUGGAGAAGGGCUUCUCCUACACCGGAAAAGACUACCUUACCUCUGGCAUCACGGGUGAAGCCCACCAAUUCUACACCUUUUUCGGCCCCAUUUACUACCAGAAACUCAAGCACAUGGUCCAGGAUAAAAUGCACUCGCGCGCCCGUGGUCCCCGUGCUAUCCUCACCCGCCAGCCGACGGAAGGUCGUGCAAGAGACGGUGGUUUGCGUCUGGGAGAAAUGGAACGUGAUUGUUUGAUUGCGUAUGGUGCGUCGCAGCUCUUGCUCGAGCGCUUGAUGAUUAGUUCUGAUGCGCACAAUGUGGAUGUUUGUGAGAAGUGCGGCCAAAUGGGAUACAGCGGAUACUGCAAACUCUGCGAGAGCGAAAAGGCGGUUCGUAAGAUUACCAUGCCGUACGCUGCCAAGCUUUUGAUCCAGGAACUGGGCAGUAUGAAUGUCAAGGUUACGAUUGGGCUGGAGGAUGAGUUUCCAAGGGAUGCGUGA